AUGGAAGAGACACUGCAUUCUGUUGAUUAUUGCUUUUAUAAACACUGGUUUUUCUUACUUUUGUUUUCUCUUUCGUUAUACUUCAUAUCUUUUGUUUCUCAUCCUUUACAUCUUUCUUUAUCUUUCACCUUUACUACUUUUUUUUUUCUUUUUUGUGGCUUCAUUUUUUCUCUCUUUUUCAUUUUUUCUUUUUUCAUCAUUGUCUUUUAUUUUCUAUGGAACUACUUUUUUUUUUCUUUUUUGUGGCUUUCAUUUUUUUCUCUCUCUUUCAUUUUUUUCUUUUUUCAUCAUUAUCUUUUAUUUUCUAUGGAACUACUUUUUUUUUCUUUUCUUAUCCUUUUCUAUUCUUUUCUCUCUUGGAAUUUUAUUAUUUGUUUAACUUUCUCCAUCUUUCGUUCACUUAAUUUAAUUACCGUUAUUUUUUUUUCUUUCGCUUUUAUUUCUUUUUUUUUCUCUUUUCUGCCAGUCGUUCUCUUUUACUUAUUAUCAUUUUUCCUAUCAGUUUUACUUUAUUAUUUUUCUUUUUCUGUCUCUUUUCCAUUAGUUCUGUUUCCUUUAUCCUACAUUCUUUCGCUUUCUAAUUCGCUAUUACUUUCUUUCUUUCUUCCUUCCUCCCCUCAUUUCGUUCGCUUUUUCUUUCUUUCUUCCUUCCUCCCUUCCUUUCGUUCUUUCUUUCUUUCUUUCUUCCUUCCUCCCUUCCUUUUGUUCUUUCUUUCUUCCUUUCGUUUCUUUCUUUUUAUCUAUUUUCAUCUUUAUUUAUUUAUCCACUUUCGUUCCUUCCUAUCUUCUCCCUUUCUUUCUCUGUUUCUUUUAUUCUUUCUUUCUUCCUUUAUACAAUAUAUCUACGAUUAUUUCCUUUCUCUUUUCGUUUUAGCCAUAUUUCCUCGUCUUCUUCCUGUGUUUCUCUUUAAGACGCCUUUUCUCUCGAUCAGCAUGUCAUAUGGCAAACACGCACACACAGACCGAUAUAUGAAAUCUUUUUUACUCUCUUUUCUUUUCUUUACUCCUCAGUUUUUUUUUAGUUUCCUUCACGUUUCAUUUACUUUUCUUCUAUGUCUUUCUUUCUUUCUUUCUUUCUUUCUUUCUUUAUUUAUUUAUUUAUUUAUGUAUUUAUUUCUAAAUAUGUUUAUUUUUUUCUUUCUGUCUCUUUAUACAUCUUUCAUUCUUUCCUUCUUUUCUUUCUAUUAA